UUCAGAUUGGUCCCUUCUCUACGUUCUCUCUUUCUGGUUGAAGCUAUUGCCACCAUCACAAAACUGCAGAACAAACAGUACUAGCUAUUCCAGGAAACGACACUGUAAAAUCCCAGCAGUUUACAGUUAGUUAAAAAAAAGGCAAAAAUUUUGACGCAUAUAUAAUGUAAUAGUAGUAUCUUUAUUUCAACAACAAUAUUAGUUAUCCAAAUAUUCCACCAUUUGUCAAAAAAGUUAAACUUUGCUAUUUUCAGACAAAAAGUUCAUCUCCUCAUCAUCUUCAUAAAAUCAAGAUUUCUCCUUUUAACUUUGUGAAGCAAAUUAUGGCAGCAAUUUUGUAGUUUAGUGGAAGAUAAUAAGGAGAAAGAAAAAUUUGUGGGAAUAGAUAGAUGGGGAAUUGUUUUGGAUCAGAGAUUUGUGACCAAAAUCCUAGUAGCACCAUCCCCAGCUACUCACCUAGACCUUCAACCCCAGAUACAUCAAAGAACAGUGGUGUUGCAUUUUCAACUAGCAGCAGUACUGGGCAUAGCCGUUUUUCAGCUACCGCGAGCGAGGACUCAUAUUUCAAUGGAGAAAUAUUGCCUACUCCAAAUUUGAAGACAUAUAGUUUUUCUGAUCUCAAGGCUGCCACAAGAAAUUUCAAGUCUGAUACGGUUUUGGGGGUCGGCGGUUUUGGGACGGUAUUCAAAGGCUGGGUCGAUGAGAAGACUCUUACUCCAACUAAAGUUGGCACUGGAAUGGUUGUUGCCAUAAAAAAGUUGAACUCCGAGAGCAUGCAGGGAUUUGAAGAGUGGCAGGCAGAAGUAAACUUCUUAGGAAGGCUUUCACACCCGAACCUUGUUAAAUUGAUGGGAUAUUGUUGGGAAGACAAGGAACUGUUACUUGUAUAUGAAUUCAUGCCGAAAGGAAGCUUGGAAAACCAUCUUUUCAGAAGGAGUACAGCUAUUGAACCACUUUCUUGGGAAUUGCGGCUCAAAAUUGCCAUAGGAGCUGCACGAGGCUUAGCUUUUUUACAUUCUUCAGAAAAGCAGAUCAUUUACAGAGAUUUCAAGGCUUCCAACAUACUGCUUGAUGGGAAUUACCAUGCAAAGUUAUCAGAUUUUGGCUUAGCUAAAGUGGGGCCUUCAGCUGGGAACUCACAUGUGACUACUCGUGUUAUGGGCACAUACGGUUAUGCUGCUCCUGAAUACAUUGCUACAGGCCAUCUCUACGUAAAAAGUGAUGUGUACGGAUUUGGUGUCGUAUUGCUUGAGCUUUUAACAGGCUUACGAGCACUUGACACAAAACGACCUAACGGACAGCAUAAUUUGGUUGACUGGGUGAAACCAAUGCUUUCUAACAAAAGGAAGCUGAGGUCCGUCAUGGACGCCCGAAUGGAAGGCCAAUAUAGUUCAAAGGCGGCAUUGGUUGCUGCUCAGCUUAGUUUAAAAUGCCUCGAGGGGGAACCUAAGAACAGGCCUUCCAUGAAAGAAGUAGUGGAAGUAUUGGAACAAGUUGAAUCUAUAAAGGAGAAACCAAAACCUUCCAAAAGCAAAUCCGAGCCUUCAUCUCAUCGAUACAAGCAAUCACCGAGAAAUCAUCCUUCGCCACGUGGUACAAACCACCAUGGAUUCAGAGCCGGAUCUGGAAGAUGACAGGUACAACUGGGAAAGGCAAAUGCGAGCUGAAGAAAAAUGAGUUUGUUUAUAGAUUUAAUUGUAUUGAUUUUGUUGUAAUUCAAUAUGGUUAAUCAUUAUUUUGGAUAACAAAUUUUGUAUUGUCUGUCACCUCUGUAUUGCAUGGGAUGAAUGUACUAUAAUUGGUUGACCUUAUAAGAUUGUAACUGAUUUCAUCUGUUGAA